AUGAAUAUGGACGUCUCAGCGUUCGCAAUUCGUGGUGGUUUCGACAAGAGAGAGUCUACGAAGCUCAUUUCCCCAGGCUCUGAGAAUUAUCGAAAGCGACUUGAAGGCCUGAUGUUGAGAUGUUUAGACGACGGAGAAGGAAACUCGGCAAGGAAGCCAGGAGUACUAUCAUUCAAAGUGAAGACACCUGCUGAGUCAAACAAUGGUAUUGACAGCUUCACCAAAAUGGCCAGAGGCAGUGACGUUUCAGGAUGUCAGCCCCCUCCUCGUGUGAUACCUCAGGAGGCAGAGAAGACGCUGGACGCGCCUGGAGUGGUGAACAACUUCUACCUCCAAUUGAUAGAUUGGAGCAUCUCUAACUUGCUCGCCAGCGGGGGAGACGACAACCUCGUGCACAUCUGGGACACAGCUCUCAUGUCGUCUUCCAUCGCACCGGACGCUGCUGGCCGCCGCGAUGGAGAAGGUCGUCGGAGGACGAACCCAAGCUCUGCUGCUACUAGUGCCACGGGAUCCCAUGUGCCUUUGCUUCAUCGAUUCGCGGAUCACCGCGGAGCGGUUAAGGCUCUUGCGUGGUGUCCUUUCCGAACGCACCUGCUCGCGACGGGAGGCGGUGCGAACGACUGCACCAUCCGGUUUUGGAACACGCAGACCGGCGGGUGCGAGAAACAUGUCGACGCAGAGUCGCAGGUCACGGGCUUGCACUGGAGCAAGAAGGAUCGUGAAAUCGUAAGCGCGCAUGGGUAUCAUGGAGCGAACAAGAACCAGCUGAUCGUUUGGAAGUACCCCUCUCUCGUACCGCUGGCCCGACUUAAAGGGCAUGAAGAGCGUGUGGUGUCAACUGCGCAGGCUCCUGAGGGUGACAUCAUAGCUUCCCUCUCGGCUGAUGAGUCUCUCCGCAUCUGGCGGGCGUUCAAUCCUAUAACUGCUGCUGCUGGGACCGCUAGGACUGGGAGUGGGACGAUCAAGAGGGAAAAUGAGGGAGAGAUGAUAGCAGGAAGUGGGUUUGGGAAAUCUCAGAUUCGCUAG